AGUAAGUAGAUAGAGUUCGCUAUGAUUUAGGUUUCGUUUAUGCAUAGGGUAGAUUCUUUUAAUUACCUUUCCUUUUUUGUUUUGUGUAUUUUAUACAUUUUGGAUUUUCUUGGCGAGCUAUUUUUGGAACGUGCCCGGCGGGCGCCUCACCUUGCCCCUGCGGGCGACUGAGUGCCCACGGGCACCGUGUUGGCUACCCCUGCAAUAGAGACUUUUUAAUACACAAGUAUUGCCAGAUAGAAAGACAUUUGCCAAAGAGUUGGAUAAAGAAUAUGCUAUCAUGGAAAAGGAGCUGAGGAAAGCUAUCGAUGCCCAGGAGUAUGUGUCAACAACGGCAGACAUAUGGAGUGCUAACAACAAAAGUUUAUUGGGGGUGACUGUGCAUUGGAUCGAUGCAGAUACCUUGAAACGGAAGAAGGCUGCGAUCGCUUGUAGAAGAUUUAGGGGUCGACACACGUACGACGCAAUAGCAACAGAGCUGGAGGACAUUUUCUCUCAAUAUGGACUUACCAACGAUAUAGUGACUGCAUGUGUGACGGACAACGGGAGUAACUGUGUGAAGGCGUUCAAGGAGCAUCAGCAGCGGCAAGUGGAGUCCGAUGAGGAGGAGGAUGAGGUGGAUGGCGAUGGUGAGGCAGACUUUACAGACCUUCACAGUGUGCUUGCCGCCGCCAAAGAUGAUAAUGCCCGGGACGGGCUAUGUGUACUGCCUCCCCAUCAUAGAUGCGCAGCCCAUACACUUAAUCUAAUUGCGAACAAUGAGGUUGAUAAAUGGCUGUCAUCUAACGUAGAAUCUAGGGCUGUGUAUCGUAGUGCUACAGCCAAAUGUUCAGCGUUGUGGACGAAGGCCAGCCGCUCCACAGUCGCAUCAGAGUUCCUGGAAGAGGUCAGUGGUAGAAAGUUGAUUGUCCCCACAGUAACAAGGUGGAACUCAUACUUUGACGCCUAUUCUCGGAUCACAGAAAUGCCCCUCACUGACAUCAAUAAUAUCUGCACACAAUUUCAAAUGAAAUGUAUGAACGACAGGGAAUACCAGUUUCUCAAGGAAUACUGUUCAAUUAUGAAGCCUUUCACAGUUGCACUGGACAUCUUACACUACUUACAGGGUGAGGACACUUGUUUUUAUGGAACGCUUCAACCAACACUAGAAGUUCUCAUGGGAAAAAUCUUAGCAAUGAAAACUGGCCUAUCAGCAAUGACCACUGGGCUGCCUGAAGUUAUUGUGGGAGCAAUCAAAACCAGAUUUGCCGCAAUAAUUUACUCCAAGGAAGCGCUGCUUGCCGCUGUCUCACUGCCCAAGUUUAAAGUUGGGUAAAAGAAGAAGCCAGAAGAGACCAUAUCAAGAUACUCCUCAUGUCAGAGUGUCGUUCCCUAACAACACAAGAGCCUGCAGCCCUCAUGCCCGAUGUCCCUCAACCUGCUGCUGUUGCCUCCAGCGAGGAGGAUUUGUUUGCCUUUGACUUACAGCCCGUUACCACAGCUGAUGCACCCAUGUCUGUGGAAACAGAGGUAAUGUCUUAUUUCAAUUCUGCCCCUACGAUGGAAAGUCUGCACCAGUUUCCAAGAAUUAAAAAAAUCACACUCCGCUGUAAUGCCCCAACGCCAUCCAGUGCACCAGUAGAAAGACUUUUCAGUCUUGGAAAUCUUGUGCUCACCCCAACACGCAACCGUCUCGGUGAUGGACGCUUUCAACGCCUUCUCCUGAUGCGCUUCAACCGUCAUUUCAGUCAAGGCGGUAGUGGAAUAUGCCAGCCCCCCCACCAUAGAACAAUAAGUAGGCUAUAGGUCAAGGCUUUAAGUGCUUUCAUACUUAAAUGUAUUUUACGAGCCUUAAUUGGCUGUAUUCUACCUCUGUAACAGGCAGUAACAGGUUUCCUGUUUAUUUUUUUAUUUUCAAUAUUCCAAUGUGUGUGUUAAAUAUAGUGGAGCUUCAUUUGUUUUGUGAAGUAUUUC